ACCCAUCUGUGUCAACCUUUCAUUGUGCUGCCCUCUCCAUCCAACAUGGGCAACUGGGUGCAACACUGACAAUCAUUCUUCAAGCUACACACUCACUUGUCUCUGUUACUACUCUCUUGAUUCACUUCUUCACGGCCGGCCAGUUCGACCACUUUAUUUUCUAGAUACCCGCUUCUCUUCUACCUAUCUACACCUUCUGUUUUCCUCCGACUUGAAUCCUCGAUUUCUCAUAUCAAGGAAACACCAUGAUGUUUAGACAAUCUAUUGCGCUUGCGCUUGUUGCCAUUUUUGGCCUGGUCAGCGCCCAGACACCUUCUGUCUGCUCGACCGGUUGUGUGAAUGGUGUCUUUGUCAAUGCUGCCAAUGUUGGAUGUGCGAACGGAGAUACACUAUGUGUCUGUAGCAAACCCGAUUUGUACAAUGCGGGCAUUCACGAUUGCAUUACUCAAGCAUGUGUUGCUGAUUUUCCCGAUCUUCAAAUUCCCCUUGCCGAGACUUAUGCCAAUCAGCUCUGCGCAAGCGCAUCUGCGAGUGCUGCACCUCCUGUUUCUACUAGUACACCCGCGCCAGAAACCCCUGUACCUCAACCUACAACUACUGAAGCAGCACCAGCCACUACCUCAACUCCUGCUGCUGAAACUACCACUUCUGUACCUAGUGUAGAGUCCACAUCCCAGAGUGUCACUCCAACUUCGAACGGAGUGAGCUCAACUUCGUCAGCCUCCUCCGAGACCACCCCGACUAGCAGUGUAAUCAGUGUAGUAUCAGACAAGGUCUCACCCACCAGCUCGGCAUCUACUACAGAGUCAGCUUCCAAAUCCUCGGCGUCGACUACCUCUGGCACGGCGGAACCAGCUGCCACGUCAGGAGCUUCAAGCGAAUCAAGCAAAUCAGAAACCAAUGGACUCUCAACAGCCGUAAAGGCUGGAAUUGGUGCUGGAGUCGGAGCAGCCGUCUUAGCAGCCAUCAUCAUUGCAGCAUGUGUCUGUCUACGACGCCGACAACGGAAUAAUGCGGCCAAUAACCGUGUUCGCAAUUACAAAAUCUCCGAGCCUAUGGCUGUCGCGAAUAGCCAAUACGGACAAGAAAUUAGCAGAGCUGAAGCUGGCCUGCCCAGGCCGAUCAUGACUAAUAUGCGAGCACGUCCAGAUUCUAUUGGCAUGGCCACCUCACCGACCUCCGUCUACUCCUCAGGCUCAUCCGACCUUGAAGCCCAUGCGAGACGCUAUGAGGAUAUGAUGCCUCGUACACAACCAAGAACCAUGAUCUAAGUCGAUCGAAUUUGUUUCAGUGCCCGAUCCCGGUUGUAUCGGCUUGAUCAAGGCGCCCGGUGGGAGAAACCAGAAGUUGUUAUUUUGUGGAUCUGCAAAGGUUCCUUGCUUCGUCCAAUGUGAUGGCUUUUUGUUCUCGGAAAUGUGCAGCCAGUCUAGUUCAAUUGCCAAAAUACAUCAUGAAUUGUAUUGAUAUGGUUUGGUGGCGAUGACCUAUGUCUUCGAUCGGGCAAUGAUCAAAGGACAAAAUGACAUGUAGCUAUGCCUCUAUAAAACUGUUGAUGUUGUCAAAAUAAUAUCCGAAAUGCUAUGUCUUGGACA